UAUAAAGCAGCGUGCGUAUUGAGUAGUUUUCGACGUUCACUUUGUACUUACAAACGCUAGAACUUCAUUUUUUUCGGCGUAGAAAGUGAAAUAAUAAAUAAAACUAAAAUGUCCACUACAGAUAUACCCAUGGAAUCCGCCAUCGAAAGUGCGACCGGCCUCACACCUAAAUCAAACAAUGUGCUUAAAAAGUUAUCCCAAAGCGGAGCUGGGGCCGCAGCAUCCCCCGAUGAAUCGAAUGCCCAUGCUGAUGAAAUGACGUCGAGGGACUAUUACUUUGACUCGUACGCCCACUUUGGUAUUCACGAAGAAAUGCUUAAGGACGAAGUGCGCACCGUGACAUACCGGAACGCUAUGUAUCACAAUAAGCAUCUGUUCCAAGGCAAAAUUGUACUAGAUGUUGGAUGUGGCACCGGUAUACUUUCAAUGUUUGCUGCAAAAGCCGGGGCGGCCCAGGUUAUAGCCGUAGACUGUUCGAAUAUCAUAGAGUUCGCAAGACAAGUUGUCAUAGACAAUAAUUUGCAGGACAUUAUAAAGGUCGUUAAAGGAAAAAUCGAAGAGAUCGAGUUGCCAAAUGGUAUUCAAGGCGUAGACAUUAUAAUCUCUGAAUGGAUGGGAUACUGCCUUUUUUAUGAGUCUAUGCUUGACACAGUAUUGUAUGCGCGAGAUAAGUGGCUGAAGCCCAAUGGGAUGAUGUUCCCAGACAGAGGCACCCUUUACAUUACAGCUAUCGAAGAUCGUCAGUACAAGGACGAAAAGAUAAACUGGUGGGACGAUGUUUACGGCUUUGAUAUGAGUUGUAUACGCAAAGUUGCUGUCACUGAGCCACUUGUGGAUGUGGUUGACCCUAAACAAGUGGUAUCCACAGCCUGUUUGGUUAAAGAAGUGGAUCUGUAUACGGUGCAGAAGGCAGAUCUGAACUUUUCGUCCAAGUUCAAUCUAACAAUCAAACGAAAUGACUUUGUGCAAGCGUUAGUCACAUAUUUUAACAUCGAAUUUACCAAGUGCCAUAAGCGUCUAGGUUUUAGCACAUCGCCAGAUUCCACCUACACUCAUUGGAAGCAAACUGUGUUUUAUCUAGAUGAUCAUAUGACAGCUAAAAAAAAUGAAGAAAUAACAGGCACGUUCCAAAUGAAACCCAACGAUCGAAACAAUCGGGAUUUGGACUUUGUUAUUGACAUACAUUUCAAGGGAGAGCUAUCCGAAAUUCAAGAGUCUAACACGUAUCGCAUGCGUUAACUUCCAUCAUAACGAACACGUAGUCCAUAUGCUAAACUUCUUACAAUUAUGAAACAAUGACUAGACGUAAGAUGUAUUCCAGUGCGAAGUGUGCAACGAAUUUGUGUUGCGUCGUCUUCUAAGUUUAGAGAGUAUCUUUUGUUAGUUUACAUAUUUUUACACUUGUGCGCCUGUUAAAUUAUUAUUCAAAAAUCCUUCUAAGAAAAGUUGUACAGUAGCACCUCAAUCCUCACAUAAUAAAUUGUGCAUCGAGCACACCCUUGGCUGGAAAAAA